AUGUCGGAUUUGGUGGCUCGUACAGGUCGACUUCAGCAAAGGUACGAGGCCGGUUGUCGGCUUGUGGCUGGGUGUAUUCCAUUUAGGUAUAGAAGUUUAGAUGAUUUAAAUAAUUCUGAAAAGGUUGUUGAGGUACUGAUGAUUAACUCAACUAGCGGACCGGGUCUUCUUUUUCCUAAGGGAGGUUGGGAGAAUGAUGAAACUGUAGAGGAGGCUGCAGUGAGGGAAGCUAUUGAAGAAGCUGGAGUCCGAGGGGAUUUAAUGGAUUUCAUAGGAUAUUAUCAUUUUAAGAGCAAAAGCCAUCAAGAUGAAUUCAGCCCAGAUGGUUUAUGUAAAGCUGCAAUGUUUGCUUUGUGCGUAAAAGAGGAAUUAGAUUUGUGGCCAGAGCAGAGCACCCGUACAAGAAGUUGGCUAACCAUACAAGAAGCAGUCGAGAGUUGCAGGCAUGAGUGGAUGAAAGAGGCCUUAGAGGAUGGCUUCUGCAAGUGGCUUGCACAAAAAGAGUGACGAGUGCCAUCAUAAUUAAUUUACUGAGUGUGCAUAAAGCAAAAGUACUUUUAGCGACGCACACACAUUGGCAAAUCAUGUCUACUUUUUUCAUUUUUUUUUUCUUUUUUAAG